AUGCCGCCUCCCCUCCAUCCAACGUCGCUGUCCUUCAUGGCAUUCACCCUCCGCUCCCUCCAACACGCCGCGCGUCACGUCCAUUUACAGCAAGAUGCAAACGAACCGCCCAUGUAUGCUCCUGCUUCACGCUCGCCGGCGGUGGCGCAGCGGAGUUUGGCAAGGUCAACACCUAGCGGCACAGAAUGGGGCUGUCGGAGGGUUAAUGCGGGGCAUCGUAGGUACAUGGUGAUCGAUAGCCUCCGCAUCUCCAAUAUCACGCUACUGAACACCUUCGCGGUGGCGGAUUUCAGCGCUUUGCAGGAGAAGAUCGUGCAGAUCGGCUACAAGGAUGUGAUUAAGAUCAAUCUACCAGACUGUUUUUUAGGAUGGUUUAUUCCAGGUUCAUAUAAUUAUGAUGACUUGAAGGAUAUGAUGUUCGACAACAUAUCCGAAUCCUUCAAUGCUGACUUUGAGGAUGGUACCAUUGGGGAGGUCCGGAUCUUUGAGAGUAUCCUUCAUGAUGAAUAUGGAGAAGUAAUGAAUAUCCAAGUACUUGUUGUGGCUGAAAGGGUAAAUCAGUUCACCCAUUGUAUUUGA